AUGUGGUUUUGUGGCACAGCACAGGAGGUUUGCGAUCGAGUGGGUUGCUCUCGACCACAACCGGUUUCUGACUACGACAGCCUCGAAGUAUGUGACCCCCAGUCGGACCAGCACGUGAACCGGGAAAGUGAUCUCGAAGCUAGUUGCUUCUGGCCUGUUCUGGUCUCGGAGCGCGGCAUUCUCGAUCUGAAUCCGGCUAUUCCGAAGGACAAUGUGGAACUCUGGCAGUCCUUGCAGGGGAUGUGGUACAAGCAGAAGGACAACAUCUGUGUUGGUGAGAUCUGCGGGGCUAGUAUGCUGUGGCACGCCCAGUGGAAGCUUCCGGAGAAGUGCACCUGCCUGCAUCUGGGCCCACAAGCAGCUUCCUUCAGCUUUUGCCCACAUCGCGCGUUCGCCCGUUUGUUCUGUAGUGGGGUUGGGGCGCCCCUUCUUGCAGCUGCA